AGGCGGGGCCGGGUGGCUCCGCCCGUCCCUCAGGCGCGGAGCGGGCGGUGAGGCGGGAGCGGUGUUCGGGUUCUUGGGCGGGCGUGCGCCGGCGACAGCAGCGGCAAGGCUAGCUUUGGUUUCUUCCCACGGUUCUUAGAAAAGCCAGUGUUGAAGCGGAGAGGAUUAGAGUGGUAGAGGGGACAUACGGCCCCUUCUUGCCUUCUUGUGCUAACCAUCAUCACUGUACUCGGCUGUACAAAAAGCACCAGUGUGCUUCACAACCUCCAGCACUGGCCUAGGUAUACACUUCAGUUGGAGACACAACUGACUUGUACUGCACAGACAUGUCUAGAAAAGUGGAGCUGUCACUUUUACUGUAUGGACUCUUGCUCAGUAGCAUGGGAGAAGAGGAAGGACUGCAUCAAACACAAUUCCUGAGGUUAAGCAUGCCAGUAGGAACUCAGGAGGAGCGAGGAGAAACUGCCUCUCCAGUAGGUGAAAUACAGCCGGUGAGAUGUUUGCUUCUGUGUGAGGCAUCAGCCCCUGACUUCCAUCAAGUGUGGAGCUUAAUGGGAGCCAGGAGCUGGGAGCCCCUGCCUCUCCGAUGCCAUGCCUUGUGGACCUGCUCACCCCUGGUUCCCGAAUGUCGCCUUUGGGACCCAGUCCACAUGUUCCUGACCCCUGUUGUACCACACUGGCCAUUCCAGAACAUGGACACAAUGUUUGUACGAGGAUUGAAGAGAAAAUGUUUUGAUGGUGAAGAAGAUAUUGAAGGGACUCUGGCUGGUAUUAAGGCUAUCCCUUCCUAUAAUCUCCAGCGGCAGUCACUUUUAGAUAUGUCCUUGGUUAAACUUCAGCUGUGUCACAUGCUGGUCGAACCCAACCUUUGUCGUUCAGUGCUUAUAGCCAACACGGUACGGCAGAUCCAAGAGGAAAUGACUCAAGAUGGGACUUGGCAGAUGAUAAAUACACAGAGUACAGGGCAGGCAUCCCUGGAUCGUCUUGUUUCAACAGAUAUCCUCUGCCGUUCAUCUAGGGAUCAAGCUGAGGGAAAGCAUGUUCCAGCCUAUGGUACUUUCAAUAAAGACUUUGAGAGUGACCAGGCACAAGAUAGUUCAGAAACUAUGUCAACAGCCUCUUCAGUGCAAGCACCAAGAAACCUACAGAGCAACGUGUGGGAAAUGGAGAAUCCACAAGAAAAUAAAGGAAACUUUCAAAAAUCUUUAGAUCAAAUAUUUGAGACACUGGAGAAUAAAAGUCCUAAUUCUGUUGAAGAUCUGUUUUCAGAAGUUGACAAUUCUUAUUAUGAUCUUGAUACUAUGUUAACUGGCAUGAUGAGCAACACAAAAAUGGGACACUGUGAUAAUCUUGAAACAUUUUCUACUCCAACAAAUACAGCUUCUAACUCUAAUUGUAAAUCUGAUCUUAAUGACCUUGAUCAUAUUGUGGAAAUCCUUGUUGAAUCUUGAACCUCAUUGCAUAGGAGGUAAAGAUCUGUUAAUGGGAAGAAAAGACUUGAGAAAGCAAUUUCCAUAGUUUGUUCUAUCAAAUCUGCACGAGUAUUUUACAGGUAUCUAUAUAUUAUAUAGAUAUAUAUAUUAAGAAGCACUUCAUAUUGCAAAAUAGUGUUAACUCUUAAAGUUAACCUGUAACUUGUAGUGUAACAAUCUGAUUUAUUGUCCACUGAACUGUAAGUACAUAUGGAAAAAGUGUCUACGUUGGGGGUUUAAGGCUCUUGAAAUUGGGUUCUUUUUACCAAUUUCUUUUAGCCUUUGAUAGAGGAUGUCCUCAGGGAGAGGGAUUCUCUCAUCAUCUUAUACUUCUCCCAUAAAAAUGGUAAUAAACAGAGAGAAAAGUUGGAUAACUGGUUUCCUAUUUUCCUCUGGUUUCCACUUUGUUACACCACAAAACUCCUACCAUACCUGCUGCUUCUGUUUUACUUCGCUACAUGGCUCUUAAAGAGCAGUAUGCAAUAGUCUUUGUUAUCCUUGCUAGCUUCUUCUGGGUUUUGCUACAAUUUUUACUUCAGAAAUAGUUUUAAAGUGUUUAUUGGUGUUUAGAUUUUUCCAGGUAUUUUCCUAAAAUAUAUUUUUUACUACAGAUGUUAUGUCAGCUGCUGACUUAGUAACUUUUGAUCAUAUCUGCAGUUGAUGUAUUUUUUGCAAGAUUUUCAAAAAGGGAUGUUUUUUUACCAUGAGCUACCCAAUGUAGUUCAGUAAAGUGUAUGUAAAUGUAAAUAGACAAUUUUAUACUUUGCAUUAAAAUGUAAGAGCUGUUUUCAUGAUUCUGUUUUAUAGAGUAGUACUUUACUAAAUUGAGAAUUGUACAUUUAUGCUUUUCAUGCCCCACAUAUUUGAGUAUUAUUAUAGGAAGAGCUUUGAUCUAGCUAGACACAAUUACAUUUAAUUCAUUUCAGACCAUACUUUUUGUUAACUACAAACCUAAAUGAUGUAGGUUUUUAUUUAUGUGUAUUUAUAUGUAAAUGUCAUCAAGUGAAUUGUUUAUCAUUGAAGUCUACCAUCAAAUAUUUGUUUAUAUGGGAUAACUAUCUUGCACUAAUUACUACAAAAAGUGUUACUGGCGGCCUUUAAGUCUCACUGGUUGGAAUGUCAUGAUGUCUUGUCAUAAUUAAUGUGCCCCACUCUUCAAAGGGUUUCCUCUUGGCUUUUUUAAAUAACAAAAAAUGUAAUACAACACGGGAUGGUGGUCUUUUUUUCCAGCGCAUUUGGUUUAGAGUGUAUAUAACUAAGCUUCUUCCUAGGAGGCUUUUUUGGGGGAAAGGGAUAAUUUGAGUAUAGCCUAUGAUUUUAUUCUAAAAUAACAAAUGUUUACCAUCAGAAGCUGCUACUGGGGAAAAGCCCCAAGCGAGCAGGGAAGGGAGAAAAUAUGGAUUGGUUUCAACAUUGGAAUAUGUUGGCUGUGGCUGUGUCAGGGGAAGACCUCUCUCAGUAACGUGGUUGUUUUCUGUAGAUCUAAGCCAAGCAAGUUACUGAACAAGAAAAGAAAACCUUGCUGUGUGUGACAGGCUCUGCCUUCCCAUGAGUGACCUUACCUGUGGUGCAGGUUCUCAAACCUGGGAACGGGAUUGGAGGUGGGGGUGCCAAAGGGGUGUUAAGAACAUUUGAGUAUCUCCUCAAGAAUAAGGAGACCACUGAGCUUAUGUGCUUUAGAAUCAUCUGCUUUGAGGAAAGAUCGUAUCAUUUAGCUAAAUUUUACAAACUCGACAGUUGAAUGCGUAUGGGCUCCAUCUUCUGAAACCAUGCAUUUGGUGUGAGUCUCCAGUGAACUGGAAGAUGUUUCUUAUAUUAAAUUUGGCAUAAGAUAAUUUGUAGUUGCUGUAGUUAAACUUUGCUUUCUCACUUCAAUUAAUAACUUCACGUUAAAGCACCAAAUAGCAUAUAGGUACUUGCAAGUUCAGUCUGUAGGAUACAGCUGGACCAAAGAGAAUUUUGCUCAUGCUGCAUGUUUUAAUUGAGAGAUCACUCAUAGGUAUUGCAGUAAUAAAUGCCGAUUUGGCAGGAUCCAAAUACAGAUACAAACUGUCAUAUCUCACUGUGAAAUAAAGCUGGCUUGUUUGGUAGUGUUUCUUGUAGUAUCAGAGAUUCCUUAAAAAUCAUAAAUCUGCAGGUAAUUUUUCUUGAUGCUUUUUUGUGCAUGAACCGCUGGACUGGACUGCAGAUGCCUUAGGGGGUAAAUCAGAAAGCCAGGCAGUUUCAGAGUUUUAUAAAGGGAAUAUCAACAUUGAUUGGAAUAACUAAAUAUCUUGCGUUCCUCUGGGAAACUCCCAAAAUUGCUCUGAACUGUGUUGAAAAAUCACAGGUUUGAGCAAUUAUGGAUGUUCCCCUCUGCCUCCAUACCCUCUAUUUUCAUUAAAUGAGCAAUUUUGUGUUAAGAUAUUUUAAAAAUGCUCUUCCCCACCUCCUUCAUGUGCAUCAGUCUGCAUGUUACAGAUAGGAAUCAAUAUAACUUGUUCAUAACUUAAACUAUGUCUCAAAUGCACGUGUGUGUAUUUAUAACUCUAUUAUUGUUAAAACAAUUUAUGGAGACUAGUUGGCUUAACAGGAAAUGUGUUAGGUAAGUAGGCAUUUAUAGAGUUAAGCAUUUAAACAGAAAUAUAUAUCCUAUUUUAUUACAUUCUUAAAACUUAUGCCAAAUCUUAUGUGCUCUUACAAGCCUGAUAUCUUGGCUCAGCAGGUAUAAUAAUUGUUAUUGCUGAAACUUGCACAGUCACCAUGCAGAACUGAUGGGUGCCUACAACUGGUCUGACUUUGCAGAGACCAGUCUGUAAAAUCAGCUUGUCUCCCUGUUGGUUUAAUACUGUGUCUCAAUCUGAUUCAGCUUCUCAUGCUUUGUUUCUCUUGGUGGUAAAAGAAAAAAAAAAUAAAUAAUAAAUCAUC